AUGGAGGCGUGCGUCCAUGAAAACGAGCCUUUGCGGCUCAGGCUCUCUUGUCUAGACCGGGACGCCCCGAAGACUGCGCUGCGCACUAGCUCGCUGGCGGUACCGACCGAGGAGUCGCCCCUGAUUGCCUCGAGUCAACCUGUCUCGCCUUCCUGCUGCAUUUGUCUAGAUACCGUCCGUCCUGACGACCUGGUGCACUCGAUCCCGUGCCGCCAUGUGUUCCACGCCGGGUGUCUUGAGUUCUGGUACCUGUACGAGAACGACAACUGCCCCCUAUGCCAGAGGCCGCUGUUGCCACAGGCUGCUGGCGGCGGCAACGGCGGCGACCCUGGGGGGAGGGUAUAA